ACAGGAAUGGAAUGAUAUGAAUUUAAGAUGGAACACAUCGGACUUUGGCGGUGUCAAAGACUUGCGAAUACCCCCGCAUCGAAUAUGGAAGCCAGACGUUCUGAUGUACAACUCAGCGGACGAAGGUUUCGAUGGCACAUACCCAACCAAUGUAGUCGUUCGAAAUAAUGGAAGUUGCGUGUAUAUACCACCCGGAAUAUUUAAGUCGACAUGUAAAAUUGAUAUCACAUGGUUUCCCUUCGAUGAUCAACGAUGCGAAAUGAAAUUUGGCUCUUGGACUUAUGACGGUUUUCAAUUGGAUUUGCAACUUCAAGAUGAAAUGGGCGGGGAUUUGAGUAGUUUUGUCACAAAUGGUGAAUGGGAACUAUUAGGUGUGCCUGGAAAACGUAACCAAAUAUAUUACAAUUGCUGCCCAGAACCUUAUAUUGAUAUUACGUUUUCAAUUAUAAUUCGUCGCCGUACACUUUAUUAUUUUUUUAAUUUGAUUGUACCGUGUGUGUUAAUUGCUUCGAUGGCACUGUUAGGUUUUGCUUUACCUCCUGAUUCGGGGGAAAAAUUGUCACUCGGUGUUACAAUCCUGUUGUCUUUGACGGUGUUUUUGAAUAUGGUGGCAGAAACGAUGCCAGCAACGAGUGAUGCUGUACCAUUAUUAGGAACAUAUUUCAAUAGUAUUAUGUUUAUGGUUGCCUCAUCAGUUGUGUCGACCAUUCUCAUUCUUAAUUACCAUCAUAGGAGUGCCGAUACACACGAAAUGUCAGACUGGGUGCGGUUAGUGUUUUUAUACUGGCUGCCAUUAAUAUUACGAAUGAAUCGACCACCGGGUCGAGGUACACAGAUGCCAAUGGAUUAUCCGCCAACGCCAUGCUCAAAUAGUUCCGAACAACCAAAUAAAUCCCAUCAUCAUCUUCCACAAAAUAACCAUUUAAAUAUUCUAACCGAUGUCGAAUUGAAGCAGCGAUGCUCAAAAUCACUUUUAGCUAAUGUUCUUGAUAUCAACGAUGAUUUCCGGCACAAUAAUUGUCGACCAUUAUUACCGGGCGGUGGCGUUGGUAGCAGCAGCACAUUGCCACCAAAUUCAAGUUAUUUCCGCAGUGUUUUUAGUUCUAGUGAAGAUGAAAACGCGAUUGGGGAUGGAAUUCCACCGAUACAUACAUGCAUGAAGUCAUCAGCAGACUACGAAUUGUCGCUAAUAUUGAAGGAAAUACGUUUCAUUACCGAUCAGUUACGAAAAGAAGAUGAAGAUCAUGACGUAGCACGUGAUUGGAAAUUUGCAGCAAUGGUCGUUGAUAGACUGUGCCUUAUUAUUUUCACCCUAUUCACCAUCAUCGCGACUGUUUGCGUUUUACUCAGCGCUCCCCAUAUCAUCGUGUCGUAGCUGUUUCGACGGAAUCAUUGUUAUUGGUUUUUACACAAAAUCAAUUUGUUACUAAUUGAUGUACUAACGGAAAAUUUUUAAAAUCACAAAAACAAAAUACAAAAAAAAUUCAACACAUACACAAUACAUAAGUAAAACAAUUCGCGAAUGAAAAAAAAAAUUCUCCAAAACAGUCACAUCAACAGAAGAACAUCCCACGACUAGGAUCCCCCAGCACACCAAUCAAGUAAAACAAAAAAAAAAUUGAAAGAAAACUAAACGAUUUUCGAAAUAAAAAACGAACUUUCUGUUGAACACUUAUCUGCUGUCGAAAAGCACAAAAUUGAUCAUCAGACACGCAAAUUCUUGAGCAAGCAGAAAAACAGUACCGAGCAUUUUCAUGUUUUCAUACAUCAUUUUCUUAAAAUUUGCCAAAAAAGUCUUCUAUAAACAAAUGCAAACGAAUUACAAAUAUAGCAAUAUCAGUUACAUUAUAUUCAAUGUGCAGAUAAGUGUUAAGCGGUCCAACAUGUUAGGCCAAACAGACGGAUGCAAAUCCAAAUCGAAAAGCAACAAAAAAAAAACGCUGAAAAAUUUUAAAAUUACAAAAAAAAAUUACAAAUAAAUUGAAUUUAUUUCAAAAGGUCCUACGAAUGGUCGAGCGGCCGUACUCGGGAAUAUAUGUUGAUAGUGUAUUGUAUUUAAUAAACUUUGAACAAAGUGGUGUUUGUUUCUUAUCUCAAUUGGCGCAAUAUAUCGAAAAGAAAAACACAUACUACAUUUUAUUAUUAAUAAUCGAAUGAUCAUGAUCCAUGAGCAACAAACAAAAUUUAAAAUCCAAUUGGCAUAUGAAAAUCACAUUCGUUGUUAAUCAUUUUUCGAUAAAAGUGUGAAGUUUGUGUUAUAUUUUUCAUUUUUCAAAUCAAUUUGUUACUUAAUUGAUGUAAUAGCGAAACAUUUUUUAAAGUCACACAAUUGUUUCAUCCCGAUUUCGAAAUUGAAA